CACAUGUCAAUACCAAAUGAUGGUGCUAAAAACCAUUCUUGAUGGGCGCCUGUGUCAAAGGUGCUCGGCUUCCGUUGGUGUACCUUAAGUGUCCUCUCUGCACACCGCCAGGGGAAGGCGAAAAUAUGAAAAGCCCAAAACCUUACACAACGUCAGGAAUCCAUCGCUAUAUCGCAACUCUAUCGCGCCCUGGACUUCUUCGUUUUACCCUCAACUGCGACGGCUGCGUUCGGUCGUUCGUUGUGUUGUGCACGCUUUUGAUGGUCACUUUUUACACCAGAAGAGUCGGAGAUCGAUGAGUGCGCCGAGGAUCAAUUUUUAUUUAUUCGUUUGGCGCUGCCGUGUUGUUCCGCGCGCGGCUUCCAGGCCCGGGCCAGUCCCGGUGGCCGGUGGUGUGGUUUGCAUUCUUCAAAGGCCGCUCACCAGAAAGCUUCACUCCGGCGGAUGUUCGCUCCCAGCUUCCGAAUCUGGGAAUGAUGAUUGAUUUGACCUACACGACGAAAUAUUACAGUCCAGUCGAAUUCAACAAUUACAAUAUUCAGCACAAAAAGCUCUUAACAAAGGGUCAUGAAAUACCGCAACGAUCGCUGGUAGACAAAUUCAUUGAAAUCGUCAAUCAAUUCCUCAGUGAUGAACAGAACAAGGACAAGCAGAUUGGAGUUCACUGCACACAUGGGCUAAAUCGAACUGGUUACUUCGUGUGUGCCUACAUGAUUUUGGAGCAAGGCCGCAAUCCUCGUGAUACCAUCAAUGUGUUCAACAAGGCGAGAUUCCACAAGAUGGAGCGUGCCAACUACUUGAACUCGCUCAUGACACUAAAUUCCGCUGAACGUGCCCCAAGUGACGAGCGGCGUCGUUCCUUCGAGGGUCGCGCUCCUCGCGAUUCGUACCAGCGAAACGACGACAGAAGUUACCAUCAAAGCAGCAGAAACGGGCGAUACAGCUACGCGGAAGGAUCCGGCAACUGGAGGAGAGACAGUUCGCCCAGAAAGUUUGAGCGGUCCAGCUCGAGAGAGCACCGAGAGAUUUACCGUCGACGGGAUUAUGACGGGAAUGGGGGUGACAAUGGACAUGCUGCCAAUGGCAACAGUGAGCGGCCCAGGCAGUAUGAGGCAAGAGGUCAGCGCAGCAAUCAGUACAGGUGGAGUAGAGAGGAACACCACUAGGGUGGCAAUGAACCGCGUGCGAACAACUACAAAAUUGAUAUGAGUGCAAACGAUUUACCUGUGGCCGUUUAUUAUAAUUUUCUAAUAAAAUAAACUGUUAACACAGA